GUUAGUGCGAGACAGAGCUUUGCUUUGGCGGAGAUCUCAUCUGUAGGCACUUAAAAAAGGAAAAGGCGGGAUACUUCCCAGUCUUGCGCCGGUGGGAGGGAAGAUUUGUGCAGUCAAACAGAAGAGGCAAGAGAAGAAGGAGACGAAAAGUAGGAAAUCUCUGCAACCCCUGGAGUCUCAUCAUUCAGCACCACUCGCUACUGGACAGCGUCUGAGCAGCGGAGUUGAUCGAGAGACGGGAGAUUUGUUCAAGCAUCGAGUCUGGGAAUACCAUUAAAGAGGGCUUGAUUUCCCCACAACUUAAAAACUAAACUCACUGGUAUUUUGACUUCCCGCACUUGUCUUCUUCUUCUUUUUCGUUGUGAAUCUGCUCGGGUUUGGCGAGCAGCGUUCAAACAGCAGGCGGGUCCAGAGCUGACACGAGCCGGCGCUGCCAAACAAAGACGGAGGAAGAGGGAGAAAAGGAACAGGACCGCAUCAGAUAGCGCAGAAGUUCGUUUUCACCACUUUGGGCUCACUUAUAUCAGGAAGAUUACAGGGAGCCCUGCUGUGGAGCCCACUGGGUCAAGGACCGAGAACAAAAAGUAAAUGCACCCAAGUGAUUCUGGUGGAGCAGAGGAGAGGCAAACUUCUCAUCUUUGUUCUUGUCUUACGAGAAUGGUCUCUGCCUCAGCUCACCCUUUAUCAUAUUGUAUGUAGCCACUGCUCACAGGUGCAGGAAAAGAGUGAAACAAAGAGGAAAGAAGAAAGGCUUCGAGAUAAAGAAAGUGAGGCUGCAUAAUUACUAUUACUGAGUUUAUUUCAGAGCUAGAAACCAUGAGAAGAGACUUUUUGAAGACGACUGAGCUCUGAAAAAUAUUAAAGCAAAACUUCCGGACAUUUGUAUAUGUGUGUGUGUGGUUAUAUGUGUGUACCCCUCUCUUAUUUUCAAAGGACCUGAAUUUGUAUUUGCAUGUGGAUUUAGCCUUUCAUUAUGACUCUGCGAGGAGGCUUUGAAAGAGGGUGGACUGGCUGCCGCAUAGGUGCCUGCUGGGUGUUGCUGCUGGCUUGUUAUUCUUUGAUCACCUUGGCAGCCAAACCCAAAAUGCCAGGCCACACACACCUCAAUUCAAUACGCAUUGAUGGGGACAUAUCUCUGGGUGGGCUCUUCCCAGUGCACGCGAGAGGGAAUGACGGCAAAGCCUGUGGGGAGCUGAAAAAGGAAAAAGGGAUCCACAGGCUGGAGGCCAUGUUAUUUGCCCUGGAUCGUAUCAAUAACGACAAUGAGCUGCUGCCUAAUAUCACUCUGGGGGCACGCAUCCUGGAUACCUGCUCCCGGGAUACCCAUGCUCUGGAACAGUCGCUGACAUUUGUUCAGGCACUGAUUGAGAAAGACUCAACUGAUGUCAAGUGUCUCAGCGGAGGGCCGCCCAUCAUCACUAAGCCUGAGAGAGUGGUGGGAGUGAUCGGUGCAUCUGCCAGUUCCGUGUCAAUCAUGGUGGCCAACAUUCUGCGUCUCUUCAAGAUCCCUCAGGUGAGCUAUGCCUCCACAGCUCCAGAGCUCAGUGACAACACCCGUUAUGACUUCUUCUCCCGGGUGGUUCCUCCAGACACCUAUCAGGCCCAGGCCAUGGUGGACAUUGUCAAAGCCAUGCACUGGAACUAUGUCUCCACUGUGGCUUCAGAGGGAAACUACGGAGAAAGUGGCGUUGAUGCAUUUAUUCAAAAGUCUCGAGAGGAUGGUGGCCUGUGCAUUUCACAGUCAGUGAAAAUACCACGUGAACCAAGAACUGGAGAGUUUGACAAGAUCAUUCGCAGACUGAGUGAAAACCCAAACGCCCGAGCAGUCAUUAUCUUUGCCAAUGAGGAUGACAUCAGGCGGCUUCUUCAAGCAGCUAAGAAGGCCAAUCAAACAGGCCAUUUCAUCUGGGUAGGUUCAGACAGCUGGGGGUCCAAAAUUGCCCCAAUUCUGAACCAGGAAGAAAUGGCAGAAGGUGCUGUCACCAUCCUACCCAAACGACAGUCCAUCAAAGGUUUUGAUCGCUACUUCAUCAGUCGAACAUUAGAGAACAACAGAAGGAAUAUCUGGUUUGCAGAAUUCUGGGAAAAUAACUUCCAAUGCAAACUUAGUCGGCAUGGUGUGAAGAAAGGAUCUGGCAUCAAAAAAUGCACAAAUCAUGAGCGGAUUGGGAAAGAUUCAUCCUAUGAACAAGAGGGGAAGGUCCAAUUUGUCAUUGAUGCAGUUUAUGCCAUGGCUCAUGCGCUACACAACAUGCACAAAGAUCUCUGUCCGGGAAAAGUUGGACUUUGCUCUAAGAUGGAAACCAUCAACGGCACACUGCUCCUCAAAUACAUCCGCAAUGUCAACUUUACAGGAAUUGCUGGCACCCCGGUGGUCUUCAACGUGAACGGAGAUGCUCCUGGUCGCUAUGAAAUCUACCAAUACCAGAUCAUGAAUAAGACCACAGAAUACAAGAUCAUUGGCCACUGGACAGAUCAGCUCCACUUAGACAUAAAUGAGAUGCAGUGGCCUGGUGGUACACAAGAAGUCCCCUCCUCUAUUUGCAGCCAACUCUGCCGUCCUGGUCAGCGCAAAAAGAUAGUCAAGGGAAUUCCAUGUUGCUGGCACUGUGAGAAUUGUGAUGGUUAUCAGUAUCAGGCAGACAUUUAUACCUGCAAGAUGUGCCGCUUCGAUUUGCGACCUAAUGAGAACCACACUGGCUGCGUUCCUAUUCCCAUUGUCAAGCUGGAGUGGAGCUCGCCAUGGGCAGUGUUCCCUGUUCUCAUCGCUGUCCUGGGCAUCAUGGCCACUCUAUUUGUGGUUGUCACCUUUAUACGCUACAAUGACACGCCCAUUGUUAAAGCAUCCGGUCGAGAACUGAGCUAUGUGCUGCUGACGGGUAUCUUUCUGUGUUAUGCUACAACAUUCCUCAUGAUCUCCACUCCUGAUGUGUUUGUAUGCUCACUGCGAAGGAUUUUCCUGGGCCUGGGUAUGAGCAUUAGCUAUGCAGCAUUGCUUACCAAGACUAAUCGAAUCUACAGGAUUUUUGAGCAGGGCAAAAUGUCGGUCAGUGCACCUCGAUUCAUCUCCCCAGCCUCCCAGUUAGUCAUCACGUUCAGCCUGAUAUCAGUGCAGCUCCUUGGAGUGUGCAUCUGGUUUGGUGUCGACCCAUCACAAGCUAUCAUCGACUAUGAGGACCAGCGCGCAGCCAAUCCUGAAAUGGCACGUGGUGUUCUGAAAUGUGAUAUAUCAGACCUGUCCCUCAUCUGUCUGCUGGGUUACAGCAUGCUGCUGAUGGUCACCUGCACCGUUUAUGCCAUCAAGACCAGAGGGGUCCCUGAGACAUUCAAUGAGGCCAAGCCCAUUGGCUUCACCAUGUACACCACCUGCAUUGUAUGGCUUGCCUUCAUCCCCAUCUUCUUUGGGACCUCACAAUCAGCAGAAAAGAUGUAUAUCCAGACCACAACCCUGACCAUCUCUGUAAGUCUCAGUGCGUCGGUCUCUCUGGGAAUGCUCUACAUGCCUAAGGUCUACGUGAUUCUCUUUCAUCCAGAGCAGAAUGUACCCAAGCGCAAGCGCAGCCUGAAGGCUGUGGUCACUGCAGCCACCAUGUCCAACAAGUUCAACCCCAAAGGCAGCCUGAGGCCCAAUGGAGAGGCCAAGUCUGAACUCUGUGAAAGCCUUGAAACACAAGUGUUGGCCUCCAAGCAAACAUACAUAAGCUACAGUAACCAUGCCAUCUAAAAUAGAGACCAGUGGUGGAAGUGGAGUAAUGGCCUGCCUGAAGAGAAAUCGCCUGAUUCUGGGGAAUACCUGGGAAAUACUGAAGGACCUUGAAGCUGCUCUAGCUGAGUGGACUGGGGUGGAAAGAUGGGAAUUUGUUGUUCCAUAAAUUGAAAGGAUGUCAUAUUUUUCUAAAGAAUCAGGUAAAGGCGUGAAUGCCAAAUUUAUGAGAAAUAAGUAUUUGCGCUAGAGUGAUGGGAGACCGGACAACAAGUUUCCUCUUCCCACCCUUUCUGACCCAUGAGUAAGUGGUGAACGUUGAUAAGUCCAGAUGUGGGCUGAGUGAAGCACCUGGAGCCUACAGUAUGUUUUUCUUCUGAAGUGUAUAGCACACAGUUUCAGUUCUGUCCAAGGCUGAAUCGUUUGUCUCAUUUUAACAAAAAAAGAAAAGAAAAAAAAACUGGGAUAAAGUGGCUCUGUUUUUGCUCAAGUCAAAUGCAGAUGAAAGUUUUAAAAAAAAUCUUUUUGGUUACUAGUAUUAAUGGAGCUGAAAGCUGCAGUAUUCUUCAAACUGUACAUGCCUUAUUACGGGACAUUCAGUACUCCUACACUGACUAACCAUAUCGGAAACACCUGAAAAUGAAGCAACCGGUCAUCACAGUUUUUUAAAAAUAAAUGUUUCAUAAUGAUGAUGAUGCUAUCAUCUUGGUAAACCUACAGUAGUGUACAGUCCCAGAGCAUGCUUGUGGGAGCAUCACGUGUACUGUGCUGUGUUGUCAACGUCUAUGGAAUGCAACAUUUGUCAGUCGGCAGUGGAGACGUCAUUUUGGACCAUUAUGCACUGGGUUACCCUCUGCUGAACAACGAGUAAUGCCAAACACUAAAGGAGCCUUUAUGGUUUACAGCACACUCAAUAAAUGUCAGCCAGGACUUGACAGUUCCUGCUUUAAACAACCCAGAUUUACUGGCCCUUAUUUAUCAAGUGCUUGUUGAAGUCUUUUUAAGCCGAAGCAGUUGGAUGAUUGUAAAGAAAUUUAAGUUGAUACAUUUAACUUUGAUCACAGUUAUCACUAAAAGUGAAGUUUUUCACACAAAUGCAAUUAACCAAUGUUGUUUCUAUAUUAUCCUAUGGUUUCUGUAUUCAUUUGUGUUUAGAGAUAUCAAACUUUUUCCAACAUUUUAAAUUGUAUCUUUAAUUUUUGUUGCAGUGGAGCAAGAAAAAUACAGCUGCUACAGUAUAUUUUGUCAAAACACAUGAUUUUUUGAGGAAAUAAAAUAAUAAGUCAGUCUGUUAUCAUACCUGAUAUUUUUUGUAAUGCAUGACCUUGUGUGAUAGAUUGCAUAUUAUUACAAUGGCGACAACCUGUUAUGGAUGCACAAGUCACACGUGCUCUUGCAAAAGGUUUUUUUACACCGUUUUUUUCUCUUCUGUGUCAUUAAUUGUAAGGCUGCCGUAGAACCGAUACAUGAGAUUUUUUACUAGUAUUUGGCUCAAGACCAAUUGGAGAAUUUGCCAGCUCAGUUCUAACAGUCAAAAUGUUCAAAGAUCAUAAAGGAUAACUGCUUGAUAAAUAAGGGCCGUAGCCUUCAUUUUGUUCCUCAUGUGUACACCUUAAUACACCUUCUUUCCACGGAUCCUUAAUGUUCUUGCUGCAUCCAUUAUUCUGUUCCAACAUAAGGAAGAAAUGAUUCAAUGUACAAUCUAUAGUUAAAUGUGAAACCUCCAUUUGUCUCCAGUCUCUAAAGUAUUUGUCAUAAACCGUAACUCUGGAAUCCGUUUCAUUAAAUGUUUUCAGAAAUGCAAAAAUCUGUAUGUUGCAUGUCAAAACUCAUACGAAGUCAUGAACAAUUUGACAGAAAGGUGCCCAGAACUAAUAUUUUGGUUUAAUCAAUUAUUGUCUCAGCUUCAACAAAAGCCUAAGGUGGUGCCGCAAAUGUUUAAUCAUCAUUUGAUCAGUAUCGUUUGUGAGAUUGUUUGUGAAUAUGACAAUUUUCUGCUUUCAGCCACAACACCUCUUUUUUAUUUUUCUAAAACACUUUGUGUUCACAAAAUAGAAUAUGUAAGUGCUGACUGACAUUAAAUGGCAAGUUAGUGUACCUUAUUAAAAUGAAUCAAUUAUGUCUGCUUUAUGUACCGAAUUAUUUUAAAAAACAAAAAAGAAUUACAGUGCCUGGAUAUUUAUGAAUUAUCUAUAGAGAAAAAAGUGUA